AUGUCUGACAAUUGUCACCACCUUGAAGGAAAAGUAGCAAUCGUGACUGCAGCGACAAAAGGUAUUGGUCUUGCUAUUGCUGAAAGGCUGUUGGCUGAAGGAGCUUCGGUUGUGAUUGGAAAAAAAGAAUCUAACAAAGUUGCUGGAAUCGCUGGACACAUUGAGAAUACUGACGAUCAACAGAAGCUCGUUCACUUUACCCUCCAAAAGUUUGGAAAGAUCAAUGUUCUUGUGAACAAUCAUGGCAUCAACCUACGGUUCGGUCACAUUUUGAAAGUGUCUGAUCAAGUUUGGGAUAAAUUAUUCGAAGUGAAUGUGAAGGCUGGAUUUCAAAUGACAAAGCUAGUGGCUCCUCAUAUUGCAAAAGAAGGUGGAGGCUCGAUUGUCUUUAAUUCAUCUUUAUCUGCAUACAAGAGUCAAGCUGGGAUCGCUGCCUACGGUAUCACAAAGACAGCUCUUAUCGGGCUUACAAGAGCUUUGGCUAUGGGAUUGGCCAAAGAUAACAUCAGAGUUAAUGGAAUCGCUCCUGGACUUAUCAAAACUGAAAUGAGUCGACCGUACUGGGAAGGUGGUGAAGAAAUGGAGAAAGGGCUGAUAGAAUCUCAAGAUAUUGCACUCGGAAGACUGGGAGUACCAGAGGAUUGUGCUGGAACAGUUGCCUACUUGGCAUCUGAAGACUCGUCGUAUAUCACUGGCGAGACGAUCAUUAUUACCGGAGGUGUUCAGGCUCGUCUCUAG